GCAGAUGCGCUUUGCCGCCAGGCUGAUGAGCAGGACAAGAAGGAAGAGGCUGCCAGCAACCAGGCUCUCGGACUUGCUGAUGGCCCAACCGGCCCUCCGACAGCGAAGGCCGAAAAAGAGAUCGAAGAGCUCCAGGGGCAUUCAAAGCGCCGAGAGGAUUUCAUUGCAUGGAGCCAAAGCCGCGAAGUGUCAGUUUCGCACACAGACGUGUUUGGUCAGGUGCAGUUGUCGGCCGCAGAGUACAAAGGGAAGGCAGUCCGCAUCAAGAACAGCACUGGUGUUGCAUAUGUGGUGCCUGAAGAUGCUGGGUUGCUGAAACUUAUGGUGGACAAAUGCAGCGAUGUCAGCAUCCACGUGCAAUCUUCGGUGAUCACCUCAACGGUAGAGCUCUACAAGUGCAGGCGGCUGGAAUUGCACCUGGAUCACCCUUUGGGGACGUUGCAAGUGGACGAGUGCGAUGAGUCGGUCGCUGUGAAGUUUGCCGAACGAGAUCAUGUAGGCAAAGCCUACCACCAGAAUUCGCCGGGCUUCAGCAUCUCCUGGGGCCUCUGCGGCACGUCAAACUCCACGAUGGUGGGGAAGGCAGGGGCCUUCCAGCUUCUUACGUGUAUGGUGGAUGCAGCCCUUCGCACAGAUGCCGUGAGGCGUGGGGAGGGAGAGUUUCCGCUGGACUUUGGAACUGCUACCGCCGUUCCUGACCAACCUGAGCCUGAGGCAGUUCCGGCAGAUGAGCAGAGGCGACAGGAGGCUGAGAAGCACCGGCUGGCUGGCAAUGACAUGUUCCGUGCAUCAGACUUCAGCCAGGCCGCCGCUUUAUACUCGCUGGCCCUCCAGCUCGCACCGGAACUGGGAGCUGUAUGGGCAAACCGCGCCCAAUGCUGGCUGAAACUGGGCAACCACGAGAAGGCCCUGGCUGAUGCGAAGAAGUGCACAGAGGUAGAGCCAAUGAAUCCCAAGGGUUGGUUCCGACAGGGCAUCAGCCUCCACGCAAUGCAGCGCUACACUGAUGCCAUUCCUGCACUGCUGGAGGCAGGAUUCAAAAAGGUUUGCGAAGGACAGUGGGAUUGGUUGCGGAUAGAUUGA